GUAGUGUUUUAAUAUAACAACGUUUCUAUAAUAAAUAUUUGUAAUCAGUUGAUUAGUAUUAUGCAAAUGUAAUAAGCUCGAUUACAUUUCAUUCAAGGAUACGAGUGCAUUGUCCGACUAGUGUGCAACGAGAAUCAGGCCUUAACAGUGUCAAUUUAAAAAUAAAAUAAAAUAAAAUAAAGAAAAAAAAAAAGAAGUGAAUUUUUGCUCCAUCAUAGUUGGUUUUAUUCGUUAUUGAAAAAUUUUUGAUAUAAGGUCAUUUUUUUGAGAACGUGUGUUUAAAGAAAUUAUAUUGAAUCUAUUAUUUACAUUUUGAAGCAACAUGUCAGAAACACCAGGGAUAGUACAAGGAUUGGGUAAUCCAUAUAAAAUAGUUGAUCAUGCAAGGGAAAGAAGGAAGGGUAUCACUGCCUCCUCUUUGAAAGAUUUGACUAAUAUAGCUCGAAGUCGCUUGGCUUUACCACCAGAUGCAAAUCUUACUAUCGUGUUAGAACAAGAUGGAACCGAGGUAGAUGAUGAAGAAUAUUUUGCAACAUUGGAAAGGAAUACCAGUCUAAUGGUUUUAUAUGGAGAUCAGAAAUGGAUUGCAGCGGGUAGCAGCAAAACCGCUUCUCGCUACAUUGUCGUAGAUGAUGUGGACAACAUGGAAGGCACUUCAAGAAGCACCGAAAUCAGACGUCGACGUCCACCAAUAGAGCCAUUGGUUUCAUCGUUACACGAUGAUCCAUCACACAUUUCACUACUCGGUGGAAAUGAUUUAGAGCUGCUUAGUGAUAUGGAUCCUGAUAGCUUAGCUGAUAUUGUACCUGACAGGAUUUUCUUGGAGCAAUUAAAGGAAGCAUCAGGUAGAUUCCUUGCAGAGAAACGACAAGCACAGGAGUCUAUGGCUCUUCUUCAGAUUUAUGCGAGUGGAGGAGAGAUGGAGCGAGCGUAGGCCAUGUGGGGGGUGGGCGCCCUCACAUUGGCUAAUAUGUAUCGAGUUAGGCGUCGUAUUUUUUACAAAGGUCGCCAAUUACAACAAACAUUAAUCCUCCUUUGGAAUUGAGCCCAUUAAAUAUUUAAAUUUGCCAGCCUCGAUCGGAGCAAGUAAAAGAUUAUUCUACUGCAAGUAAAAGAUUAUUCUUUGCACUUCUGCAGCAAAAAAUACUUUAUGGAUUAAGGAUUCAAAAUUCUUUUCCAUAUAAAAAAACCUGUUUGUCAGGGUUGUUUUGAAGAAAGUGAGAUGAUGAUAAAAAGAAAUACGUACAGAUAGACAAAUUAUUCUCUAUUUCUGACUAAAAAUGAUUUAUGAAGUAUUUGAAGUAAUCUAUUCAGUCCAAAAUGAUCAAAUUUAUAAUAUUAACCAAAGAGAUAAAGAAAUGUUUGCUUAUAUAUAUCUCAUGAGUUAAUUAUUGUAUUAAUUAGAUCAGAUUUUAUCUUACGUUUUUUGUUAGUUAGUAUUUAUAGACAUAUAUAUAAUAUUAUAUAUAUAAAUAUAAUUAACUCAAAAGUAGAAAGAGAUACUUUGAACAUAUGUUGAUUUUAGUAUGUGGCAUAUGGAAUUGCUUUAAUACAAAAUAUGAUUAUAAUACAAAAUAUAUAAAAGUACUUAGCCAUUAAAUAAUCUGAACAUAUUUGAUAAGAAAAAAAAUUACGAUGUCAAAGAAGGUAUUCCGUCACGAUGUUAUCAUAUCAGUAUCAGCACAAGAUAUGUUUUACUUAUUGUAUUUUAUGUAGAUAUAUCCAUAACUGAACUUAUGUUCAACGAAGAUUGAUGGAAUAUUUAAGACUGAAUUUAUAGGAAAACAGAUUGCAUCCCCAUUAAAAUCACCAAUUCAUUAAACACUAGAUGUAGUGAUGUGUUAGGAAAAAGAAAAAAAAACAAUAUCAAUCCUUUGAUACCAAAUGAAGUUGUGCAUUUGAUAAAAAAAUCAGCAGAAAAUAAAGAAAAUAGACGGGUGUUCCUGAAAAGAUUAUACAUAUGCACAAUCAAUAAAUUAAAUUCAUGAUACUAACUGUUCUUCAUUUGUAAUAAGCAAAAUGAUUUUAAAAUAUUUAAAAACAAAUUGUUACUAUUACAAUUAAAUUAUGCGUUGCAUUCACAUUACGUU